UGUUGGUAUUGCGUCGCUCGCCCUCCUCACGGGCCCGAGUAGAGACCGGCGCGCUGCUGUAUAGGAGCCUUCUCCCCCCUCUGGCUUCUUUCUUCCUCAACUCCUUUCUCUCUCAUUGUUGCCUUGAUGACCACCAUCUCCGCCGACACAACCUCGACCACCACGGCUAUCAUGCCCGAUCUCUCCGCCAUGAAUGUUGCCUUUCUCCUCAUUCUCGUGGCCGGCUACUUUCUCUAUGAAAAAUACAAGGCCUACGUCACGCCCAACAACCUUCUGAAACUGCUUGAAUAUGCCGCCAAGCUGACCAAACACGUCUUCACCAUUCUGGAGGACGUCAACAAAAUGGUCCAUAUCUCGCUGGAGAUCAAAGAGGCCUACGAUAAAUUGAGAGGUCAGGAGACUGCUGCGGAACGACAAUGGCGAUUUUCAUGCUUUGCCGUCUGUCUGGGGGGAUGCUGCGCGCGCUGCUGUCAACAGGGAUACUGGGAGGAAUGCGUGGGGGCAGGACAACAGAAACAAUGGGAUUGCAGUGAUGACAUGCUCUUAUUAAGCAAUGAAAGCUCUUCCGUUCUCUUUGAGAUCUUACUCGUAGAGCCUUAA